AUGCUGAUUGCCGUUUUGCCUGUAGAUUGCCUUUCCAUAGCUGUACCUGAGGAAUUGCCUGCUCUGUCUUCGUUGGAGUACUGCAGGAGGGAGAGAAAACAAACAAAAGAGAGAAUAAGAGAAGAAAAGCAAAGUAAAGCAAAGAGAAGCGGCACAUCUUCCCGUGCCUGUGGCUCAUUAAAAGAUAUCUUUGACUCCCCUCAGAGAUGCCGACGAGACCCAAGAAAAACUGAAAUUAUGAACCGGUUUGAAGGCAUUGGGACCGCCGGUCGUCGAUGGUGA